CCCCUCUCUCCUUCGAUCUUGCUCCGCCGCUAUCUUGCUCCGAUCUAACUCUCCCUCUGAUUUUGCUCCGAUCUCACUUUCCGUCCGAUCUUGCUCUUGAUCCUCGAACACAUAUCGCUCCAACAUAGACUCGAUCCUCUCGCGAUUGUUAUUCUUAGUUGAAAUUUGAUGUUGUGCUCGUUUCAGAUUACUUCUGCGUUUGCUGAAACCAUUAUUUUGUAUUAUACACUUGGUCUAUAUGAACAGAUUGUACUAGUUUCUGCCCCCAUACACUUGGUUUAUUCAGUUGAAUCCAGCUCCAAUGAGUGAAGCUCAAUUCUUCAAUCUUUUGUAAUUUUGAAUAUUGUGAUUGUCAAUUUGUCCAUCAGUUCUCAACUCACCAUGCUCUUUUUACAUGUUUAGCUGUGAAUCUAUCUUGUGUUUUACUGCUCUAUGAAAUUUUCAUCAUUUUUGAAUUGCGAUGUCGGUCUGGUUUGAAUUUUUAAAUUUUACCAUUGUAGAAACAGUAGAGGUGGAAGAGGAACAACAACAACAACAACAACAACAACAACAACAACAACAACAACAAGAAAAAGAAGAAGAAAAAGAAGAGGCAAUAGAGAUGGAAGAGGAGAAAGAACAAGAAACAGUAGUUGAGGAGAAAUAUAAAGACAAAGACGAGGUUCCAGAUUCUCUUCCCAAUGCGGAUAAACAUAGCAAAGGUGAAGGUUGUUUUUGGUGCAGAUGGUUAUCCUGAUCCCGUAUCUGCUAAAGAAACUACAGUGCAUAAAGCUACAAUGAAUCAUCUUCCUAUGCUUUCCCAUCAGCAACUACUUUACUGGCUACCAUGUCUUUUAUUUCAAGGUGAGAAAAUCUUCUAAAACAGCCUCUAUACGAUACAUAGAUACUACUCUA